CAGAUGUGUCUCGUUGAACAUAGCCUGUGCCUGUACCGAAUUAUUUUUAGUUGUUAUCUUGUUUGUUUGUAAAAGUCAAAAUGUUGAUGUUGAUACUCUUAUUGGUUGCGGCGGUAUUCCUCUUUUAUUAUUUUAUGGUAAAACCAUUAGAUUAUUGGAAAGACAGGGGAGUUAAGCAAGGGAAUCCGAUGUGGAUAGCUGGUGAUAACUGGGGCAACCUCUCAAGAACGGAAACUACUGCCGGAAUGGUACAACGCGUUUACAACCAAUGUCCAGGGGUCAGAUAUUCAGGUAUGUACCAGUUCCUCGUGCCUGCUCUGGUAAUCAGAGACCCAGAUUUGAUAAAACAAUUAACGGUUAAGGAUUUCGACCACUUCACCGAUCACAAGAGUAUCUUUCCUGAUACCACUGAUCCCUUAUGGACUAAGAAUUUGCUCUUUCUCAAAGGUCAAAAGUGGCGUGACAUGAGAACAAUUCUCAGUCCAUCAUUCACCACCAGCAAAAUAAAGACUAUGUUCGUUCUAAUAUCGGAAUGCGCUGAGAACUUUGUUCAGCACUUCCUGGAAAAGAAGGAAGACGUCGUGACGGUAGAAUUUAAAGAUAUUUUUACUCGUUUCACAAAUGACGUGAUAGCGUCUACCGCUUUUGGAAUCCAAGUAGAUUCCUUGGCCCAGCCAAACAAUACUUUCUAUCUGCUGGGUAAGGAAGCUACUAACUUAGGCAGCUUUAUCAAUAUUUUCGCUUAUCUGGUAUUUCCAAGGCUUUGUAAUUUACUGAACAUACAGAUAUUCUCGAAUGAAGUGAGGACGUUCUUCCAAAAAAUUGUGAAGGAUACAAUUAAAACGAGAGAAGAGAAAAACAUCGUUCGACCAGACAUGAUCAAUCUACUAUUGGAGGCGAGAAAAGGAGUUCAAAAACAGGAGGAAAAUGGUGUGAUCGACACUGCCAAAGAAAGUGAUUUAACAAAAGCAACUAAACCACCCACAGAAAUAACAGAUGUGGACAUCGCAGCGCAAGCUAUGAUAUUCUUUUUCGCCGGUUUUGAGAGUGUAUCGACACUCUUGUGUUUUUUGGCCUAUGAAUUAGCUACCAAUCCAGAUAUCCAGGACAGGUUAAGAGAGGAGGUUAGGUCUACCCUAGAAAAAUGUGAAGGUAAACUCACGUAUGAAGAUAUUCUCGAGAUGACAUAUAUGGAUAUGGUUAUCUCAGAAACUCUAAGAAAAUGGCCCUCUACCAUAGCUACAGACAGGGUUUGUACAAAACCUUACACUAUAGAACCAACUAGACCUGACGAGAAACCUGUAUACCUGGAAAAAGGCUCUUUAAUUAUGCUACCCAUAUACGGCAUACACCACGACCCCAAGUAUUUUCCAAAUCCAGAGCGUUUCGACCCAGAGAGAUUCAGUGAUGAGAAUAAGGACGGCAUCGAACCCUACACCUACUUGCCGUUUGGUGUGGGUCCUCGUAACUGCAUUGGUUCUAGGUUUGCUUUACUGGAAACAAAAACUCUAAUCUUGCACGUUCUAAAGAAUUUUGAAUUAGUUCCAGUUGAAAAAAGUAGAAUUCCUGUUCAGAUAUGUAAGAAGCAAUUUAAUAUGUCCGCUGAAGGUGGUUUUUGGUUCGGACUGAAACGUAUCAGGGAAUAAAAAAACUAUGGCGGUUGGAAAUUAAAAUAAAAUUAUAUAAUUAUAUUUCCAUUGUAACAUUUGUAUAGGAAUAAUGCUUGGCAAUAAUACCAAAAUCAAAAUCUCCUACCUUAA